UCCUAGGCUACUUGGGCGGGAUGAACUAGAGGCUCCCUGGGAAGAGGACUGGUUCCUGGGAGCCAAUCAGAGGUCAAGGCUAGAAAGAGGCGGAACUUGACCCGUGUAGCCCCCGCUGCUGUCAACGCCGUUUCUGUCUUUGCCGGGUUGAUAAGAUGACUGUGGGGAGCCCCGCGGGAACCUCUGGCGGCGACCAGCAGAGCCAGCAGAUAUUUCCCCCCAAAUCUUCCUCAGACACAGAGGCAGAAGAAGUGCUCUCUGGGGAUGGGCUGGUUUUGCCCAGGGCUGGGAAACUUGAUGAGUUCCUCAGCCUAGAGGAGGAGACAGAUUCCACUCCUGACUCAACUGGGAGCUUUUAUGAGACCCUGCAGGUACUUAAGCAGAAAGGCAAGUGGUGCCUGUUGGAAUCCAUCUUUCAGUCUGACCCAGACAGUGAUGAGAACCUCUCUGAAGAUGAUGAGGACCUGGAGAGUUUCUUCCAAGACAAAGGCAAGGGGAAGCUGCAGGUCCAAUACCCGCCGUCUCUGAGGUGUGACUCCACAAGGCGCUGCAGUUCCCUGAGCAGCCUUUCCUCCGACAGCCCUAAGGUUGAGCCCCAGUCACCCUCAGGCUCCAGGACUCCCUCCCAGCACAGAAGCGGCAGCUCCUGGGCAUCAUCCAUCACCGUGCCUCAGCCGUUCAGCAUGACGUUGCGUGAGGCCCGGAAGAAGGCCCAGUGGCUGGCUUCCCCUGCUGCCUUUGAGCAUGAGAAGCAGCAGGCCCAGAGACAGGGUCAGGAGGAAGCUGAGUGCCACAGGCAGUUCCGGGCACAACCUGUACCUGCACAUGUCUACCUGCCCCUCUACCAGGAGAUUGUGGAGCGCAAUGAGGCCCGCAGGCGGGCAGGGAUCCAGAAGAGGAAGGAACUGCUCCUCUCUUCCUUGAAGCCCUUCAGCUUUCUGGUGAAGGAGGAACAGCGAAAGGAAGCUGCUCAACAGAGAGAGUUGGGUGCCACAGCUAAAGUCAAGGUCCCCAAGAAGGCUACCAGAAAGAUCCCCAGGUCCAUUCUGGAGCCAGCCCUCGGGGACAAACUCCAAGAAGCUGAGCUCUUUAGGAAAAUUCGCAUCCAGAUGAGAGCCUUGAACAUGCUCCAGAUGGCCUCCUCCCCCAUUGCCUCCUCCAGUAGCCGAGCUGACCCACAGCCUCGCACAGCCACCCGAACCUGGGAACAGAAGCUUGGGUUUCUGCAGACUGACUUUAGAUUCCAGCCUCAUGUGAAUCCUGCCAUCCCUGACUAUGAGGGUCUCUACAAGGCCUUCCAGAGAAAAGCUGCCAAGAGAAGGGACACCAGAGAGGUGACUCACAACAAGCCCUUCGUGCUGAGAACCGCCACCCUGCAUCGCUCUCAGCAGCCCUGUGAUGCCGCCACCUCAGGACGGAGGAGGGACUCUCCACAGCCCCCUGCCACAACCCUGCUGAGGAGUCGUUCUCUGAGUGGACUUGCUUCCCUCUCUGCCAACACCCUCCCUGUGCACAUCACAGAUGCCACCAGGAAGAGGGAAACUGCAAUCAGAAGUUCACUUGAAAAAAAGGACAAAGCAGAUGAGAGUACUCAGUGGUUGGAAAUGCACAAAAAGAAGUGUCAAGCACUGUCUCAGUCUGUGACUUUGCGUGCAAAAGCCAUGGAUCCCCAUAAAAGCCUGGAGGAGGUGUUCAGAGCAAAGUUGAAAGAAAAUCGGAACAAUGACCGUAAAAGAGCCAAAGAAUAUAAGAAAGAAUUAGAGGAAAUGAAGAAGAGACUGCAAACAAGGCCCUAUCUCUUCGAACAGGUUACCAAGGACAUUGCCAGGAAAGAAGCAGAACAACGGUAUCGAGACACUCUGAAGCAGGCUGGAGUGGAUGAAGACUUUGUGAGGAACAAGGGUCAGGGCACCCAGGCUGUACAAUGGAAGGAGCAGUCGGAAGUCCAUGACUGUCCCAGCACUCAUGAAACUACAAAACCCGGUAUCAGAAAUCUACAGGAUUUAGAAGAAUCUUUAGAACAGCCUACAAGUCCCAAGGAAGAACUGGAGGCACUACCUUAUGAAGUGCUAGAUAAUCUCAAAUCACUUGCUUAAUCAGUACACUUAAAAGCACUGCUUUUUAAUAGUAAUAAGCAGCUAACUUGGGGUUGACUCAAGGCAGGCAAAACAGGUUUUGAGUCAUGGCUACUCUUGGAGAAAUGAAAAGAGCAGGUAACGGAAUAGUUCAGGGAACAAAGUGGAGAAGGACAGGAUGGAAGGAUCAGAGCUGAGUUAAGGGUUCUUGCUUUGCGCCUCACACUUAGCUACAAAAAAAAAAAAGAAAAGCAGAAGCCCAAAUGCCUACAGGGGCUAGUAAAACAUAAAUGGAUCAAAUGAGCUGGGUACAAGGUAGCAAAAGAUAGACACUGUGGAGUCUGCUGGAAUACAGGCACAGAAUUGAAGAUCAACCACAUUUUCAACAGAAGCCAGAAAUUUGCAUGUUGGCAACUAAUUAAAAAAUUGCUUAGAAAUAUUGUGUGGGCAAAACAAAACACCCAGAAGAUAUCAAGUUUGCAACUUCUAGUACAGAGUUUCUUCACCUCAGCACUUUUGACAUUUUGGGCCAGAUGACUUUUUGUCAGGUGCUGGGAGAGGGAGCUGUUAUGUACCCUUAGCAGCAUCCCCGGCCUCUACUCAUUCAAGAUGCCUUAGCAACAUCCCUCUCCCUGGUUGUGACCACCAAAAAUGUCUCUAGAUGCUGCCAGAUGUCCGUGGGGGGCAAAAAUAUCCCCGGUUGAGAACCACUCCUCUAGUAUAAAAGUAAGGCUACAGAAAGUAAAAAUUGGCAUUUUAAGAAUACAAGGAAGUGACAUGAACACAAUCUACUUAGCACAGGAUGAUUACGCAUGUCAUUAACAAAUAAAGAACUUUAAUCACUGUACUUAAAACAGCAGUUAAUUAUUUCCUGUUAUCUGUUUAGAAAGUGCUACUGUGCAUGUAUAUGCGUGUAUCAGCAUGACGUUCAUUUUAAAUAAAUCUGAAACCUCUGA